GAAAAUAUAAUUCGGGCUAUCCGCACAUCUCAACUCUCCAAACACUCGAGGAACAAUGGCGGAAGCACAAACCAAUUCAAAGGUGGUCGACAACUCCAUCGCACCUUCAAUUGACGUAAAAAAUCUGAGUUACGCUUUCCCUGAUGGCUCUUCAGGGCUUAAGGACGUGUUCCUUGGAUUGCCUCCAGGAAGCCGAACGCUGCUUGUAGGAGCCAACGGUGCUGGAAAAACAACACUAUUGCGUCUGCUGUCUGGCAAGCGGAUGGCCCCAGCCAACUCAGUCUCGAUUGCAGGUGUCGACCCUUUCAAAUUCGGACUAGAGGGCGUCACAUACCUUGGGCUUGAAUGGGUGCUCAACCCCAUCGUACGAACUGAUAUCGAUGUACCGACCCUCCUGUCCUCCGUCGGUGGCGAUUACUACCAUGAGAGGCGCGAUGAACUCAUCCGAAUCUUGGAUAUCGAUCUCUCGUGGCACAUGCAUGCUGUGUCUGACGGUGAGCGACGAAGAGUACAACUUGCUAUGGGGCUUCUCCGACCAUGGUCAAUACUGUUGCUGGACGAGAUCACCGUCGACCUGGACCUUCUUUCUCGCUCCAACUUCCUAAACUUCUUGAAGAAGGAAACCGAGACGCGCCCCUGCACCAUCGUAUAUGCCACGCAUAUAUUGGACAAUCUUGCUACAUGGCCAACACAUCUCGUACAUAUGUCCUUGGGCAGAGUGAAGAAGUGGGGAAGCAUGGAAGAAUUGAACGUACUCGCAGAGCCCAACACACGAUUUGUGUCUGCCAACAGUCUACUUGGUGAACUUGUCCUCCGCUGGCUACAGGAAGAUCUCGACGAACGUGGCCCAAGAAACGGGAAGCAGCCUGAGGGAAAGGCAUAUGAGAAUCUGGAGGGAAAGGGUGGUUAUGGUGCAGAGAAGGCUCAUUAGUCCUUGCUACUCCAUUGGCAUAAUUUUGCGACAACGACUUUUAUGGCGUCCUGCUUCAACACUGCGGGCAUAUUUUCAUUUUGGCGUUUGUAAGGAAACUCAACGAUGAUACCCAAUUUCGUAUUUCAACAUGGGUAGUUGCUUUAUUUCGCAUUAGCGUAACUAGACAUAUCUCAGCAUCGAUGAUAGCUAGCUCAAGAAUUUCAACAUUUACUUAUCUAUAGGACCUUGCUUUUUCCAAAAAGUACAGGCUCCAC